AUGGUUCAUUACAAGUCUCUCUUCGUGGCUCUCGCCGCUGUCUCAACUGUCGCCGCCGGUCCUUGCAAGCCCAGCACCACCAGCGCUGGCCUGAGCACUACUGCAACCGUCCUCGAAGAGCCUACCAGCACCCAAACCUCCGCUAUUGAAGAGACCACUACCACCACCGUUGAUGAAACCACAGCCGCUGCCACUACUACGGCCCCUAUCGAGGCUGCUCUCACUACCACCACUGUUGCCGCAGACACCACCACGACUACGGCUCCUUCUGGAGUCUGCGGUAUAACUGGUUAUUUCCUCCAGAACCAGGCACUGAACUAUCUGAACAGUCCUGGAAAGAAGGACAACGUUAGGCAGUGCCUUGAGGCCUGUGCUGCUUAUGCUGGCUGCGAGGUCGUUGCUUUCUACACCGACAGGGCCUUCGCCGACGACAUCGGCAGGUGCGAGUUCUUCAGUGGUGAGCUUGUCACUGAUGGGCAGGAUACUUUCUACGAGUGGUCCGAGGUUAGCUGCCUGGAUAGCUUGCAAGACUAG